UCUGCAAUGGUCUCCACUUCCCAAGAGAUCCCUUUUUCCUAGAUGACUCUAGCGGUAUCUCUUAUUCCCUCUGUGGGGGCAUUUUUGGACCAGUUGGGGUCUCAUCUUCCCCUUCAUUGAUAGAGGUUGUUGGGGCUCUUGAGGCCACUGCUCUUUUCCUACGAGAGUCUUUUCCUUCCCGGUCUGUCGAGAAG